UGGAAGCGCCUAAAGGCAUCCCUCUAUGUAAGGAGAGCUGCAAGAAGAUGGCUGGUAUCUACAGACAGGUGAGCCUAAAAUUAGCGGUGUUCAGUAUAUUGCAGAGGCUCUGGGAGACGAGGCAGGAUUUACAUUCAUUUGCAAAGGCAAGGUUAUUUAGGAAUAGUCAACAUGGUCUUGUGCUUGGGCCAUCUGAUGUCGCGAAUUGGAUUGAAUGAUUCCAACUGUGCUACAUUAAUAAUAAUAAUAAUACAUUUUAUUUAUGGGCGCCUUUCAAGAGUCUCAAGGACACCUUACAAAAAUUUAGCAGGUAGAGGAAAAACAUGUAAGGGGAAUGAAAUAAAUAGUAGAGACAUGACUAGUACACAAAGUAAAGACAGAAUUCAAUUCAAAACACAAUAUGAGGCAAUUAAAGCACAGAUGAAAAGGGAGGGGGGCGUGGGGCAAAGGAUAGGCAGAGGUGAAGAGAUGGGUCUUGAGGCGGGACUGGAAGAUGGUGAGGGACACGGAAUUGCGGAUCAGUUGGGGGAGGGAGUUCCAGAGCCUGGGAGCUGCCCUGGAGAAGGCUCUGUCCCCAAAACUGCGGAGGUUGGACUUGUGGGUGGAGAGGAGACCGGCUGAUGUGGAUCUGAGGGACCGUGAGGGUUGGUAGGGGCAGCACAGAGGAGCCAAAGCAAUUAAUACGCGACUGUUCAGGUGGAGAUUUGGGCUGGGCAAACAGCCUGAGCAUCAGAGAGGGGAAAGCAGUGUUUAAGAAGGAACUGCAGAUGCUGGAAAAUCGAAGUGAAUUUAGUGGCGAUCAUCAUCUUGUCCCGAGGACAGUGCGGCAUCUCCCGCUGCACCACUCGCUACCUGGUGGCCAUGGCAGUGACAGAUCUGUUGACCAUUAUUACCGAGGUCAUGCUGUAUCAGAUUAGUUAUCAUUACUUCCCGGGCUCUGUCCUGAAUGUCACGCCCAUGUGCAGCGUUGUCCGGGUGCUGAGACGCGCUGCCAUCGACUGCUCCGUCUGGUUCACCGUCGCGUUCACCUUUGAUCGAUUUGUCGCCAUUUGUUGCCAGAAGCUGAAAACAAAAUAUUGCAGCAGGGAAACGGCCGCGAUUGUGCUGUCAACGACCGGGUUGCUGCUCUGCUUAAAAAACAUCCCCCACUACUUUACUGUGAAUCCUAUUGCAAUAAUCAACAAUGUACCGUGGGGCUGUAAUCCCAAAUUAAGUUUUUACACCACGCCUCUGUGGGUGGGAUUUGACUGGUUUGAUACCAUUUUAAAUCCAUUGCUGCCGUUCGUAUUAAUCCUAUUGUUUAACGCUCUGACGGGCAGAUAUGUGCUAGUGGCCAGCCGGAUCCGUAAGGGACUGAGGGGUGAGGCAACAACAGAGAACCGCACUGACCCAGAGAUGGAGAGCAGGAGAAGAUCGGUCAUUUUACUUUUCACGCUAUCCGCCAGUUUUAUCCUCCUCUGGACGGUGACAGUCAUAGAAUUUUUAUAUUAUACCGCCACAGGAAAAAUCCCUGGUGAUUUCACUGUGUCUGAGUAUAUACUUGCAAUAGUCGGCGUUAUGCUGCUGAAUUUAAACUGCUGCACCAACACAUUUGUUUACGUGGUGACUCAGUCCAAGUUUAGAGAACAGAUCGUCAGUGCGAUGAAAUAUCCGGUGACCUCAAUUCGUCGAGUCAUGAAUAAACUGAUCAGGAACUGAUCUCCUCCCCAGACUUCUUUGAGAAAUGAAAUGUCCAAGGUGACGGCCCAUCGUUUAACCGCAGUUGAAUAUUCACUGAUAUAGAUGAUGAGAUGUAUGUGAGGCCACGCCACCCACUGUCUUGGACCAGAACCUCAUUAUCUCUUGUUGUCAUAAGGUCAUAACAGAUAGGAGUAAGAAUUAGGCCAUUCGACCCAUCAAGUCUACUCCGCCAUUCAAUCAUGGCUGAUCUAUCUCUCCCUCCUAACCCUGUUCUCCAUAACACCUGACACUUGCACAAAUCAAAAAUCUACUCAUCUCCGCCUUAGAAAUGUCCACUGACCUGGCAUGCACAUGGUUCACUUCACUCAAUUCCCUGAUCCACAAACUAGAGUUCUCCUCCCCUCUGUGACUGGAGUUCUGCAGCAUCCUCUCUCGCUGCUUCCCCACUGUGUUCUGUACUGUACCUAUUGAUAACUCUAGUGUCCCUCUCCCCUGACUCUCAGUCUGAAGAAGGGCCUCAAUAGCAAUGAAGAUGAGGACGAUGCCUGCCCUGCUGAGUUACCACAGAAUCUUGUGUCUAUCCUUGGUAGAAACCAGCAUCUGCAGUACUUUUUAUUGCCUUUUUUUAAAACCAGUCUAGCCACUUCUGUACCCAACGUAAUGGCAUCCUUCCUAUGGUAGGGUGACCAGAACGCAUAUAGUACUCCAAUUGCGGUCACAUGGAGUAAUGGAGCCUUACAGCUCUUCCAACAUGCCCACGUCGACCAAGGUGCCCCAUCUACACUAGUGCCACAUGCCAAGCUUGGCCCAUAUCCCUCUACACCACUACUACCCAUGUACCUGUCCAAAUGCCCCAUAAAUGUUGUGACAGUACCUGCCUCAACUACUUACUCGUUCCAUAAAUCCACCACCACCCAGUUGUCCCUCAGUUUGCGAUUAAAUAGCUCCCCUCUACCAUAAGUGAUAGGUCAUACGUGAUAGGAGCAGAAUUAGGCCAUUCGGCCCUUCAUGUCUAUACCGCCAUUCAAUCAUGGCUGAUCUAUCUCUCCCUCCUAACCCCAUUCUCCUGCCUUCUCCCCAUAACCCCUGACACCCACACUAUUCAAAGGGCGAAAGGGACAGCUGGCAAGCGGUAAACUUGUAUAGGUGAGGUAGCAGGUGUAAAGGGACAACAUGUUCCUCUUACUGUGAAGGGCAAGGCUAGCAGGUUUCGACAAUCUUGCUGACAAGAGAUGAUGAAGGUCUGAUCAGGUAAAAGAUGGCCGCAUGCGAUGUAUUUAGGCAAUUGCAAUCAAGCGAAUCCCCCCGCGGGUAUAAGGAGUGCAGGACUAUACUUGUGUAGGAUAGAUAGAUAUGAUAGAUAUGCCAUUUAUUGUCACUAUACAUGUACAAUGAGAUUAAAAGCAGCUCGUACUCAGUGCAUACA